AUGGCCGACGAUGGCAUGCUCCUCAACUUUUCGAUACCCGAGACGGGUAUUCUUUCCAGGCCCAGUUUGAAGGGCGGUAAUUGGAGAGAUCGCGCGGCAGCGAAGAAGGCAGCGCAAAACUGGCACACCAAAGCCUCGGCUCGAUUGACCGGAGAGAAGGUGGAUAAGGUCGCGAAGAAGACCGUCGAAAAUGCAACAGAUGUGAACCGCACACAGCUUGGUCAAAGAACAAGGCGGGCUUCUAAGAGUCCUGAGGUGCACGAGGACAUAGACAGGCCGGCAAAGAGAGCGCGUGUCAGUGGUGACUUCAGGCCCAAGUCAAAUGAGAAGUCGGCGGCUGAGGCGGGCGACUACAGGCCGCAGAUCAAUCCGGGUGCGACGCAAAAACCGAGUGAACGACAGAGUGCACCAAAAGGUGCGAAAGGUGGAAAGCAGGUCAUCUCAUCGCUCUUCACCUACAAUCCCACAUCAACGACAAAGACGCAAGCUCCCGAGAAGCGGCACGACGAAGAGCCCAUCGAACCUUCAAAUGCACCGCUGAGCAGCGAGCUUGACACUUUUACGUCCCUCGGGAUAUCCACAACUCUGGCAGCACAUUUACUGAAGAAGAUGGACCUAAAAGCACCAACGGCCAUUCAGAAAGCAGCGAUAACUCAACUGGUCAAAGACGACUCGGACGCAUUCAUACAGGCAGAAACAGGUUCAGGAAAGACGCUGGCAUAUCUACUGCCAAUCGUACAGAGGCUGAUGGAGCUUUCGGCAAACAUGAAAAAGCACAAGGACGACGAUGCCGUCCAAAGGAAUUCUGGACUUUUUGCCAUCAUAAUGGCGCCCACACGAGAAUUGAGCAAGCAAAUUGCGCUAGUCUUGGAAAAGCUAUUGGGUUGCGCACAUUGGCUGGUCGCUACCACAGUCAUUGGUGGUGAGAAAAAGAAGUCUGAAAAAGCGCGGCUGCGGAAAGGCAUCAACAUUCUGGUCGCAACACCAGGUCGUCUGGCGGAUCAUUUGGAGCAUACAGAAGCUUUGGACGUGAGCAAUGUCAGGUGGCUAGUACUCGACGAAGGAGAUCGCCUGAUGGAGCUUGGAUUUGAGCAGGAAAUCCAGAAGAUCGUUGGCGCUCUGAACUUGCGAAUGCGCGGCAAUAAGACGAGGAUACCCGGCCUGCCAGACAAAAGAACGACCGUGUUGUGUUCAGCGACUAUGAAGAUGGACGUAGAACGUUUGGGUCAGAUCAGUCUGAAGGAUGCUGUGCACCUCCGAGCGGAUCCCACCGAGAGAGAACAGGAAGGCGACGAACCGCAAGAUGAGCGCUCGUACGCGCCUGCGCAAUUGAAGCAAUCGUACGCCGUAGUCGCACCCAAGCUCAGACUGGUAUCCUUAAUCGCCUAUUUGAAACGAGCCUUCACACGGAAAGGAUCGGUUAUGAAAGCCAUCGUCUUCGUGUCCUGCGCUGACUCUGUCGACUUCCACUUCGACAUUCUUACCAGCAACCUCGAGGAAAAAAACGAAAAGGCAGAGGGCACGAAAGACGAUACAGAAGAAAAGGCUGACGAUGAUGAGCCCAAAAAGUCCACGAAAAAGCCAAAAGCCAUACCUCAAGCUGAUCCUACAAAGCUAUCAGUCACACAUGCCGAAUCGCCAGUACUCUCACCAAAGUCGCAUGCUGUCACAGCGUAUCGUCUCCACGGAUCGCUUCAACAAUCUCUUCGUACAUCCACCUUGGCCCAUUUCACAAAGAACAACGACGCCGCUGUCCUCAUCGCUACGGACGUCGCAUCCCGUGGUCUGGAUCUCCCCAACGUCGAUCUCGUCGUCGAAUUCGAUCCCGCCUUCGCACGCGAAGACCAUCUGCACCGAAUUGGACGAACAGCCCGAGCCGGCCGCGACGGCCGCGCCUGCAUCUUUCUGAUGCCCGGCCCCGAAGAAGGCUACGUCGACAUCCUCAAAACCGACCGCAAAGACAACGAAGCCGGCAUAACCAUCACCCGACAGGACGCCGACGACAUCCUCACCCGCGGCCUCGUCACCAGCGGCAUCGCCACCAAAAACGCCUACAUGGACAUCGCCCAGGACUUACAGCUCAACGUCGAGCGCUGGGCCCUCGCCUCGCCCGCACGCCUCGAGUCCGCCCGCCGCGCUUUCCAGAGCCACAUCCGCGCCUACGCUACCCACGUGGCCGACGAGCGCAAGUACUUCGACAUUAAAUCGUUGCACCUCGGGCACUUGGCCAAAGCAUUUGCGCUGCGCGAGCGCCCAUCAGGGAUGAAAGCUCCCGGACUGCGCACGGGAGCUGGUCGGAAUGAUCGCACGCCGGCGAAGAUUCGCGGGGCAAAUGCAGCAAAGAUCGGUUCAGCGCCUGCUGCGAAGAAGGCGGUCGAUUUGGAUAUUCCCGACGCGAAGGAUACGGAGGAGGCGGCGAAGAUGCGCAAGGCGGUCAGGGCGAGGGAGAAGUUUAUGAGGCAUGCUGGUAUGGCGGAUGAGUUUAAUUUGGGUUGA